AUGAUGUACGAAAGUGUGGACGUAGUGGGACUGAACCCCAGCCCGAACCCUUUUUUGAUGAUGGAUUACUACAACCAGAGCAGAGGGUGUCUGCUCCCGGAGAAAGGACUGGUGCCUGGGGCCCCUCAUCCUUAUAGCUCGUCCGUCAGAAACCAGCACUGGAACGGCUCCAAUCACUCAAUAGAGACGCAGAGUACCAGCUCGGAGGAAAUAGUGCCAAGCCCGCCCUCACCUCCCCCCCCACCCCGCGUCUACAAGCCCUGCUUUGUGUGCCAGGACAAGUCCUCAGGGUACCACUAUGGUGUCAGCGCCUGUGAAGGCUGCAAGGGCUUCUUCCGGAGAAGCAUCCAGAAAAACAUGGUGUACACUUGUCACCGUGAGAAAAACUGCAUCAUUAACAAAGUCACCCGAAAUCGCUGCCAGUACUGUCGGCUUCAGAAGUGCCUGGAAGUCGGAAUGUCCAAGGAGUCUGUGAGAAAUGACCGGAACAAGAAGAAGAAAGAUGAAAAGAAGCAAGAAUGCACAGAGAGCUACGUGCUGAGUCCCGACACGGAACAGAUGAUUGACAGGGUCCGAAAGGCCCACAAGGAAACGUUCCCUUCCCUCUGCCAGCUCGGCAAAUACACUACGAACAACAGCUCAGAGCGACGUGUGUCCUUGGAUGUUGACCUCUGGGACAAGUUCAGCGAGCUUUCCACCAAAUGCAUCAUCAAGACGGUGGAAUUCGCCAAGCAGCUUCCCGGCUUCACGACGCUCACUAUCGCCGACCAGAUCACCCUGCUCAAAGCCGCCUGUCUGGACAUCCUGAUACUGCGGAUCUGUACACGCUACACCCCAGAGCAAGACACCAUGACAUUCUCAGACGGACUCACGCUAAACCGAACCCAGAUGCACAACGCCGGCUUCGGACCGCUCACUGACCUGGUCUUCGCCUUCGCUAACCAGCUGAUCCCGCUGGAGAUGGACGAUGCCGAGACAGGCCUGCUUAGCGCCAUCUGUCUGCUGUGUGGAGAUCGUCAGGAUCUGGAACAAGCAGAGAAGGUGGAUGUCCUUCAGGAACCUCUUCUGGAGGCGCUCAAAAUCUACGUGAGGAAGAGGAGACCUCACAAACCGCACAUGUUCCCUAAGAUGCUGAUGAAGAUUACAGACCUGAGGAGCAUCAGCGCUAAAGGGGCAGAGCGUGUCAUUACCCUGAAAAUGGAAAUCCCGGGCUCUAUGCCUCCCCUCAUCCAGGAGAUGUUGGAGAACUCCGAGGGCUUGGAGAGUGGCGCUGCCUCGGGCGGCCGUCCUUGCGGCACUCCGACGGGCAGCUGCAGCCCCAGUCUGUCCCCGAGCUCCGCCCAAAGCAGUCCAGCCACACAAUCGCCGUAG